AUGAAAGCCAGAAAGCGACAGAAGUUAGAUGGAAAGAAAGCGACCACAACCAAAUCUUCGCAAACAGCGCCACCAAAAUCGGAAAAAGUGCGCCUGGACGAUCUGGCUUGGAAUGAUGUCGAAAUGCCGGAUAGAUUGGAUGAUUUUGAAGGCUUCUACGGUCUCGAGGAGAUUGAUGAUGUAGAUGUCGUCAAGGAUGACAAUGGCAUCAUUUCUUAUCGAGCUACCAGCGACAAAGCCACUAAGAAAAGAGCCGCCCCGGAGGAGUCAGAAGACGAUGCCGAAGAGUUCACUGGUUUCGAUGACGAUGAUGAGGAGGAAGCCGAUAAGCAAGAGGGUGGUGCCAUGACCAUCGAAACCGUCACAGCUAGAUCUGCUCCCGAACUUGAAGAAGGAGAAACCUGGGAAGACCGAAAGAAGAAGCAAAAGGAACUUCAGAAGCAACAGCUAAAGGAGAAGAAGCAGAAGGAAAAGAAAGAGAAGAAGAAGGAAAAGAAACCCAAGGCAGAAAAGAAGCCGAAGGAAGCUGCCACCCAGGCUGAAGUCGGAUCCUCAACAUUUGCCAACCUUCUGGAUGAAGAAGAGGACGAAGGUGCCGACAUCACCGCAUGGCGCCCUCUUAACCUCUCGGACGAUACUCUUGGGGCGCUGUCGAAGAUGAAGUUCCACCAACCAUCAGCAAUUCAAAAGGCUGCCAUCCCCGAAAUUUUGGCAGGACACGAUGUCAUCGGAAAGGCCAGCACCGGUUCUGGAAAGACAUUAGCCUUCGGUAUCCCUAUCUUGGAGCGCUACCUCGAGAUGCAGAAGAUUGCUGGAAACAACAAGAAGAAGGUCAACAGCGAGGAAGAGGCUGCUCGCAAGCCUGCUCUGGCUCUGAUUCUGUCGCCUACUCGUGAACUAGCUCACCAAAUUUCCACCCAUCUUACAACUCUAUGCUCUGGCGUCGAGAAGGCACCCUGGAUCUGUACUCUUACUGGAGGUCUCUCUAUGGCGAAGCAGCAAAGACAACUCAAGAAUGCAGACAUCAUUAUCGGUACUCCUGGUCGUCUGUGGGAAAUCAUCAGUGGUGGACACGGUGUUCUCAGGUGGCUGAAGCAGAUUCAGUUCCUGGUUAUUGACGAAGCCGACAGACUGCUCAGUCAAGGUCACUUCAAGGAGCUCGAAGAGAUUAUCAAUGUCCUCGAACGCAAAGACGACUUCAAGGCCGAAGAACACGAAGAUGAGGACGAAGCACCAGAGGAGGUUGAGGAAGUCGAGAGACAGACACUUGUCUUCUCCGCUACCUUCCACAAGGGCUUACAGCACAAGCUCGCAGGUAAGGCUAAGCCAGGUGCUGGUCUGAUGGACAAGAAGGAGAGUAUGGAGUAUCUGCUCAAGAAACUGAACUUCCGCGAGGAAAAGCCCAAGUUUGUCGAUGUGAACCCAAUCAGUCAAAUGGCUUCUGGUCUCAAGGAAGGCAUGGUCGAGUGCGGUGGUACCGAGAAGGAUCUCUACCUGUACGCGCUCCUUCUGCUACACCCCAACGCCAGGACGAUAGUAUUCUGCAACUCCAUCUCCGCCGUGCGUCGUCUAACGCCAUUCUUGCAAAACCUGCAACUACCCGUCCACGCUCUACACUCGCAAAUGGCACAAAAGGCACGUCUGCGCGCAAUUGAGCGAUUCACCUCAAACAACCAGAACAAGACCAACCACAAGGGUUCCAUCCUCCUUGCCACCGAUGUCGCUGCCCGCGGUCUCGAUAUCCCCAACGUCAACCUGGUAAUUCACUACCAUCUGCCUCGCGCCGCAGACAAUUACGUCCACAGAUCCGGUCGUACCGCUCGCGCCGGCGAAACCGGCUCCAGCAUCCUCAUCUGCGGUCCCGAAGAAGUAGCCGGCGUGCGUAGACUAAUCGCCAAAGUACACGCCAGCUCUGCAGCUGCAGGCGCCGAACCCGCCAACGACGCAGCAAAGAACGGCUACUUCAUCCGCAGUCUCGAUAUCGAUCGCCGCGUGGUCAGCAGACUGAAGCCUCGCGCCAACUUGUCCAAGAAACUCGCCGAUACAACCAUUGCUAAGGAAAAGAAACACAGCGAAGAUGACUUUUUGAAGCAAGCGGCUGAGGAUUUGGGUGUGGACUAUGACUCUGAGGAGUUUGACAACUCCAAGGGUAAGAGGGGCAGAGGUGCUGGGAGGAUCAAGAAGGAGAGAGAAGCGAGAGGGCUGACGAAAUCUGAGACUGGUGCGUUGAGGGCGCAAUUGAGGGACAUGUUGAGCAGUAGAGUCAAUGUUGGUGUUAGUGAGAGGUAUUUGACCUCGAGUGGUUUGGAUAUCGAUUCUUUGUUGCAGCAGCAGGAGGCUGGUACGCAUGGAGAGUUUUUGGGUACGGUCGCAGAUCUCAUGGAGUAA